AUGGCUGACACAAAAGCCUCAGAUUAUCUGAGUGACCAGCGGAGGAUCGGCCUUGGCAUUGAAGCAGACGCAAACCUUCAUGCACCAAUUGUUACCAAGGCCUUGUCUGAUGAACAUAUGGACAGUCCUAUCAAUGGCCUGGGUAGCACUCAAGACGAUCCUACGGAGGAUGAUGCUGACUUAGAAGGCAUGGACACCGAGUGGGACGAAUUUUGGUAG